GGCAGAAGAGAGAUGAUUAGGAAAAGUUUAUGUGAGUUUAAAAAAAUUAUAUACUCCGUACUCUCUAACGAAAUACUCUAGAACCCCAAUGUACACUACCAAAGUGGGCAUGUGUAAUUUAAACAUUUUUUUUUCUUCUCAAAUUUGUAAAAUCAAAAUGUGUAAAUAUAUUUGCGUUCGGGUACUCCCUAUGAGAUGAUAAGUGAAACUGUGGAAACAACAACCAAAAGCCCUAAAAACUUGAAGCAGACCAAAGGCCAAACCUGAAAGCUCUUCAAUGGCGGCUGCAGACGAAGAACCCAAGAGAAGAGGCAAGGGGGAAAGGCAUCAUAAACUUCCCUCAGGGGAGAGAGUUGAGGUGAGGUCGUUAGAUGAAGGGUUCCUCGGGUCAUGGCACACGGGUAAAGUGAUCCACGUCAAAAAAUCACUACGUAUUGUGGAAUAUGAUCACAUUCUGUGUGAUGACGGAUCUUCCAACUUGGUUGACACCCUGUCGGUCAGUCCUUUGAUUGACGGCGUCUGUACAAAAUCUGAUCAGUGGGACCCAAAUACUCAUCGCGGUGCAAUAAGGCCAUUGCCACCUCCACUCACUUUCAGCAAAUCAGCACCACUUCAGUAUGGACAAUGUGUAGAUUCUUUUAUCCAGGAUGCCUGGUGGGAAGGUGUGGUUUUUGACCACGAAGAUGGUUCUGAGGAGAGGAGAAUCUUUUUCCCAGAUCAGGGUGAUGAUAUGAUGGUCUGUGUUGAUAACUUGAGGUUAACCCAAGAGUGGGAUGAACUUACUGAGGAAUGGAAGCCUCGUGGGAACUGGGUUUUUCUUGAACUAAUCAAUGAAGUCAAAAAAGAAUCGCCCCUUUUUGUCUCGGUGAAACAAAUUUGGUAUGAAGCGAGGGAGAAGAAUGAAAAUAACAAACUAAUGGAAUGGACUUUUUUUGUUAGGGAUUAUUGGAGGGAAUUGUUAUCCCAAGUAAUAUUUGACAAUCUGAAGUUCACUGUGGAUCAGUUCUUAGGGUUAUUGAACUCCUCAGAACGCUUUGUACGGGAAGGACCACUUCUGGAAUUAUCUGAACCUAUUCUCAAGGCUCUAUUGAAACCAGAAGCAUCUCCAAGUGUUUCCAGUCAUCAAAUUGUUGAAGAACAGAAAGCACUUCCUGAUGGUCUUCUGCAUAAUGUUGAGAUUGGUUCGAGUAGUAAACGUGGAAGAAAAAACCAUAGUAAAUAUCUCAAAGCUUCUUGUGAGAAGCUUGAAUCUUCUGAAAUGAGAAAGCGUAAAUCGCGGAAAUGGCAUCCAUUAGUUAUUGAGCCGGAGUUUUGCCCUGACACAAUCAUUAAGUUCAGAAGAAUGUCGCUGAGCCAAAACAAACCACGACAAUUAUCCAUAAAAGUCAGGAAACAUCUUGCAUCUUUGGGAUGGAAAAUAAAGUGGACAACGUAUCGAGGGUACCAUAGGUUACGUUAUUUUUCACCUUCUGGAAAGUCAUAUGCAUCUCUUUAUAAAGUCUGCAGCGAGUUGGAAAAAGCAUCAGAACCAGGUUCUAAGGUUUGCAAAAAAAGAUGCCGACCCAGUUCUCGAGAUAUGUUAACGAAGAAGUUUUCAGAAGUUGAAGUUGAAGUUGAAUCUAAACACUGCCCUCAAUCAGUGAGUGAUUAUUUAAGUCCUGACAAAAAUUGCAGUUACAGUAUGAAGGAAAGGUCAGAGCUUCGUAUGGAAGCUACAAAGCAUCUGGUUUCUUGUGGAUGGAAAAUCUUCAACUAUUGGGCCCCCGGCAGAUUUCGCUAUUUGUCUCCUAAAGGGCAUUCAUGCUAUACACUUCCAGAAGCUUGCAGAUGGCAUGUUAAAGGCACGGAAACUGAGAACCAUAUUCUUGAUGAAAAUGAUAUAAAACCCCAGAAGGCAGAAUCAGUUGAUGUUGAGAAUUUGAGGCCGAGUAAAGUGAGAAAAAAGAGAAAUCUUUCCCCUCAAGAAUCAGGAGAUGUUACUGUAGACUGUAAUCCUUCAACCCAAUCCCAGAAAGUGGAAUCAGUUGAUGUUGAGAAUUUGAGGCCGAGCAAAUUGAGAAAAAAGAGAAAUCUUUCACCUCAAGAAUUAGGAGGAGAUGUUACUGCAGACUGUAAUCCUUCAACCCAAUCCCAGAAAGUGGAAUCCGUUGAUGUUGAGAAUUUGAGGCCGAGUAAGGUGAGAAAAAAGAGAAAUCUUUCACCUCAAAAAUCAGGAGAUGUUACCGUAGACUGUAAUCCUUCGACCCGAUCCCAGAAGGUGGAAUCAGUUGAUGUUGAGAAUUUGAGGUCAAGUAAAGUGAGAAAAAAGAGAAAUCUUUCCCCUCAAGUAUCAGGAGAUGUUACUGUAGACUCUAGUCCUUCAACCAGAUUGCUAAGAUCUACAAGAACGGCAGUUUCUUCCUCUCACAGAGGGCCUCGGACUGUGUUAUCUUGGUUGAUAGACAAUGGUGUGGUUGUUCCAGAGACGGCCGUUACAUAUCGUGGAAGGAGAUUGAAAGAGGGGAAAAUAACAAGGGAUGGAAUCAGAUGCAACUGCUGCCAGGAAGUUUAUAGCCUUACCAACUUUGAAAGUCAUGCAGGAAGCACCAAUCACAGGCCUGCAGUGAAUCUCUUUUUGGAAGAUGGAAGAUCGUUAGCUGAGUGUCAGUUGGAGAUUAAACAAAAAAGGGUUGUCAACAACACAUCAAUAGUGCAAUGGAGUCGAAAGAUGAAACGGAAUGACCAUAUUUGCUCUAUCUGCCACGACGGCGGUGAAUUAAUUCUUUGUGACCAGUGCCCAUCCUCAUUUCAUACUAGCUGUCUUGGUUUAGAGGAUAUUCCGGAUGGUGAUUGGUUCUGUCCAUCAUGCUAUUGUGGAAUCUGUGGCAAAAGUAAAUUCAAUAAAAACCAAGACCAAUUCACAGAUGAUAGCAAUCUCUGCUGUCAUCAAUGUGGACAUCAAUAUCAUUUUGGGUGUGUCAAAGACAGAGAUAAGAUUUUACUGCAGGAUAGUUACCAUUCUGGAAAUUGGUUUUGCACUAAAAGAUGUGAACAGAUUUUUUCGGGACUUCACCAGCUUCUGGGAAAACCAAUCCCAGUGGACAAUUUGCUAACUUUGACAUUUCUAAAAUGCACAAAAAUGAAUGAUUCCUUGUCCGGAGCACAGGACAAUGAGUUUAUGACAGAGAGUUAUGCAAAACUUAAUGUUGCACUUGAUGUGAUGCAUGAGUGUUUUGAUCCUAUCAAAGAAUCGCGUACCCGGAGCGAUAUAAUGGAGGAUGUUAUCUUUAGUAGAUGGUCCGAGUUGAACCGUUUAAAUUUUCAAGGAUUCUAUACUGUGGUUUUGGAGAAAAAUGAUGAACUCAUUACGGUGGCUACUGUUAGGGUCCAUGACGAGAAAAUAGCGGAGAUCCCCUUUGUUGGCACUAGAUUUCAAUAUCGACGACUUGGAAUGUGUCGGUUUUUGAUGAACGUUCUUGAGAAGAAACUCGGGGAAUUAGGAGUAGAACGGCUAGUGUUGCCAGCCGUGUCUAGUGCACUGGAUACAUGGACCACUUCAUUUGGUUUCUCAGUGAUGCAAGAUUCUGAGAGGUUAAAGCUGUUGAGUUACACAUUUCUUGAUUUCCAUGGCACGAUCAUGUGUCAAAAGAUGUUAAUGAACGUGGAUUCGAAUGCGCCAGCAGAAACCAAUCAGCAACCACCGGACCAAUCCAAGAAUGCCGAUUCUGAUCAAAAUAUUUCCAUUUCUGAGGUCUUUCAAGUUGAAAGUUUCAAUGCCGAUGAAAGUGGCGAUGACCAUCAACCACUGGGACGAAAGAACGCCGCUUGUAGCGAACUGUCUGCCAUGCAUUCUCAGUCCAAUAGCUGGAUGAACAUCUCCUGCCAACAGCAGCAACAUCCCAUCCUCUCUCUUCCUUCUCAUGUAUAAAACCAAGUUUUCCUGCUGGCUGAUAUAUUACUCUGGAAGAAAAGCUUGACCUUAGAGAAAGACCGAGGAAGGGAGGUGAUUGAUGGAUCGUGGGAUUGUACAUAGGGUAUAUCGUCUGAAAAAUGAAUUAGGUUGUUUUUU